AAAGGAUCGAAAGAGACGGAGUUUGAGGCAGUAAAUCCCGGGACAGGGGCCGGAGACCAGGGAGCGAUCGGAGAGCAGGCUCGGGAUGGAUAGGCAGUGAUCGGUUCAAGGCGGACACUGAUUCGAAGCCGCAGCCACUCCCUCCUUGACAGGUUCAGCUGAGUUUGAGGUCACUGGUUUUAAAAUUUUAAUUCAAAAUCACGAGCAACUGAAAGUGAAGAAAUCUAAUACUGCAAAACAGUCACCUACUGAAUAAAGAAGUACCAGCAUCUUCAGAGGAACUGUAUCAAAGGCCAUACUGUAAUCCAAGUCUGCCAUAUCCACUGCCUUACCCCUGCCCAGCUCCUUUGUGAAACCCCCAAAGAAAACCAGUUCUCUGUCACUUGUGCCUUGUCAAGAAAAGGGUGUUUGGGUUAGACGGCUGCAGGAUUAACAUUCAUUCACUUCAUAGGAGUAUCAAGAAUUGGAAAAAUGGAACAGAUGGCAGUGAGUUCGUCUGCAUAUCAGCUUGAAGAUGACGAAUUUGAUAGAAAUUGCCCACGGAUCUGUGGGGUUUGUGGGGACAAAGCAACUGGUUUCCAUUUCAAUGCCAUGACCUGUGAAGGCUGUAAAGGCUUCUUCAGGAGAAGCAUGAAGAAAAAGGCCAAUUUUACCUGUCCUUUUAAUGGCAACUGUUCAAUUACAAAGGAUAACAGAAGGCAUUGUCAAGCAUGUAGACUCAAGCGAUGCCAGGAUAUUGGCAUGAUGAAAGAAUUCAUUUUAACAGAUGAAGAAGUUCAGAGGAAAAAGGAGAUGAUUUUAAAACGGAAGGAAGAAGAAGCAAUAAAGGAGGCUAAGAAACCAAAGUUGUCAGAUGAGCAAGAAAAACUGAUUGUCUUAUUGGUUGAGGCCCACCAUAAAACGUACGACGUAUCAUAUUCGGACUUCACCCAGUUCAGACCACCAGUACGGGCUGAAUCUAAAAUGGAAGAAUCUGAACAGUCCUCUUCUGCUGAUCCAUCACAGAAUCUCUGCUCAGCAACUUCUUUUGAUUUUAGUUCCUGCCACCCUUCCUCCUCAGAAUGUUGCAACCCAUCUGCAGGUGUGUCAGCGUUAACAGAAGCAGAGUUCUCCAACAUAUUUGGGUUAUUUAAUGACUUUGGAAGUUCCAGGCAGCUUGAAGAUUUCCCCAUGCUGCCUCAUUUAGCUGACCUGGUCAGUUACAGCAUACAGAAAGUCGUUAGCUUUGCAAAGGCCAUCCCUGGAUUCAGGGAGUUGUCUGCGGAUGACCAAAUUUCCCUUCUGAAAUCAAGUGCAAUUGAAAUCAUUAUGCUACGAUCAAACCAGUCCUUCACAUUGGAGGAUAUGUCCUGGAACUGUGGAAAUGAUGAAUUCAAAUAUAACCUAAGUGACAUCACCAAAGCUGGCCAUUCCCUGGAUUUGCUGGAGCCACUGGUCAAAUUUCAGGUUGGCCUGAAGAGUCUGAAUUUACACGAACCUGAGCAUGUUCUUCUGAUGGCCAUCUGCAUCCUCUCACCUGAUCGUCCUGGAGUGCAGGACCGUGCUCAAGUGGAGCGUAUUCAAGAUGGGUUAUCCGAGACUUUGCAGUCAUACAUCCGAGCGAAACAUCCUCCUCCAGGUAAUCGGUUGUUGUAUCCAAAGAUGAUCCAGAAGUUGACAGACCUCCGGAGCCUAAGCGAGGAACAUUCCAAACAGUUCCAGUCUCUGUCCUUUAGUCCUGAUCGUGUCAUGCAGCUUACACCACUUGUGCUUGAGGUAUUUAGCAAUGAUAUUGAUCAGUGA